UCCUAGCUGGGGCGCCGGGGGAGGAGGACGCACUUCUCCGUCGGUCGCGGGAGUAUCACGCUCGCCGCCCCAGUGUUGCCUCUAGUCAAAACUCAGGUGUCGGGACCAGCUGCAGGUGGCAACCACGUCUCCUGUCCUGCUCCCAGAGCCCGCUUGUCCCCCGUAGCCCGCACUGAGGGUAAGGGACAGCCUGUUUGGCCAGCCACCCAGCCAGCCAGCCGGGCCUCAAGGUCGGCUGAUAGACUGUACGAGAUUGGCGGCAGAGCAUGAGUGGGAGUGUAGCGGCGGAGAGGAGUGUGCGGGAGGAGGCGCUACGCUCGUGGAGGAACACAUAAAGUGACUGCCAUGCUCGCAAGGACCGUGAUGAGUUGAGUGCCCAGUGUAGGGAGUCGGUGUUGUGUAGGUGUAGCCGAACGCACCGACCCGGGCCCAUGGUGAAGAUGGGCCUCAAGCAGCCCGACCGCACGGAGAAGUGGUCUCAUCCACCUAAGAAGAAAUGGAUCUACAACUACCUCGCGGACGAUGAGGGAGGAGAGGAAGGAGGGGAGGACGAGGGGGUGAAACGGGAGGCUGUAGUGCAGCGGACGGCUGAUAACCUUCCCAGGGCCGCGCCAACGACCAUCCCCCAUCACCACCCUCACAACAACCAUCACCACAACAACCACCACCACCACCACCAUCAUCAUCACCACCAUCACCAUAACAGUAAUCACCGGGGCGUGGGGCCGAAUUCCCCGCCGCCUGCGCCCCGCACUGCCCCUACCAGCCCCGCCCACGCUCGCGACGAGCCACCUCAACAACGACGGGUACCAGCGCUGUCCACGCCCACGCUAGGCGUAAGGGGCACUCCCAGUGGACAGACGCAGGGUGGGGGACAGCACCACACCUCUCCGCGGACUUCGCUGUCUUAUCCCGGGUCGCCGGCAGCAUCCCCGUCCCCGCUAGGACUGCUCAGCGUCUUCCGGCAGGAGUCCUCGUCGCCGCCCUCCAGCUCCAGUAGCACAGGCGACACCUCCAGCCUGCCCCCUCGUUUGGGGCCCGACGCUACUCAUCAUCAGCAGCAGCACCAGCCUGGGCCACACCUUAACAAUGGCCUGACAAAGUCGCUUACUUUAUCCCCCGCCCAUCACAGCACCUUCUCUCACCAUGGGCUGUACUCUCCUGAUGACCCAUCCUUUAAGGAUGAUAAGAAGCGUUCAGGAAGUACUCCAUCACGGGAGGUGCACAAUAAACUGGAGAAGAAUCGCCGUGCGCACCUGAAGGAAUGCUUUGAAACCUUAAGGCGGCAGCUGCCCUCCAUGGAUGACAAGAAGAUAUCCAACCAGACCAUCCUCAAGGCCGCCCACAAACACAUCCAAAGCUUGAAGAGGAAGGAGCGAGAGUAUGAACAUGAAAUGGAGCGUCUUGCCCGGGAGAAGAUUGCCCACCAGCAGAAGCUUUCAGCACUCAAAAAGGAACUGUCAGCCCGUUGGGACCAUAUUGACUUUAAUGCUCUGUUACCAGACAUGGCUUCCCUUGAUCAGCACCGUGACAAGGAAACCAAGUCUACUACUACUGCCUCAGAGCAGCCUGAUCUAGAGGAUGAUGCUCGGGAUGCUGGUACUCAAGUAUCUCCUGCAUCACCUCGUCUACAUCCAGAACCUCCAGCCCGCCCACCACCAUCUGUACCAAGCACCACCCUGGCUGACAGUGGUCCUGGGAUGGCAGCCCCAAGGGACCAGCAUUUUACAGAUCCCAAUCAGCCACUGAAUUUAUCCACUAGCAUGGUGGAACCCUCCAGAGCACCUCAGAUGGUGUCUCAGCCAGGCCGAUCCCCCCACCAUGCCACAGAUUGGGGCACACAACAACCUUAUCAACAACCCACUUUCACUACUGCCACAGGUACAGGAGGGGAAGAGGCAUGGCAAGCAGUUGAGGUAAGCUCAGGACCAACCAGUGCCACCAGGGACACUGUUACUACAGUGGCUGGUGACCACCUGUCAAUCAUGGGUGGUACAGCUGGCAUUCACCUGCCAGCACAUUUGGUGGCUGGUGGUGUGCAGCUCAAUGGUGCCCCAGGGGGUCUCUUAGGCCAACCAGCAAUACAAGUUAUCACUCCUGAAGGGUACAAGCUGCUACCUGCUGAUCAUGCUCCUAAUGGCGCCAAGCCUCUCACGAUUACCCUUGCCCAUCCAGCCACCACUGAAGGGCUGGAUCGUGGAGACAACCCUGAAGAGGCCAAGACUGGAGCUGCAACUGCUGCUCCCAUGAUGGUUGCCUUCAAGAAUGGUGUACAGGCUCUCCACUUGGCCAUGCCUACCACCCCACGAACCCUCCCUCAUACACAAGGUACCAAUGGCACCAUAACUACAGUGCCACUCAACCUAAGUGUGGGGGGAGCGGCAGCAGCCGUCAAGGUGACACAAGCUGCUACGUCCUCCCUCCUGCCCUCCUACCUCCCAAUAACUCACGCCAAUGGCAUCACCCAGCUGGUGUCAGGUCUAGGCAACAGCAUGGGAACGCUGGUUUCCGGCAUUGGGCCUCCCAUUGUAACCCCACUGGUGGUGUCUCAGCCACAGCGGGUGGGAGUGCCAGGCACCGUCACCACCGUUGGAAGCAAGGGCCUGAAGGCGGCAUCUGUUAGUGGAAAUGCCACCAGCGUCCCACUGGUCUCCACCCAGUACACCACUUCACUGGGGAGUGGGCUUGGGGGCUUGGUCAAGCCUGUGGUGGUGGUAUCGGCCCCAACAGGCAUCGUGACAGGGGCCCAUGCGGUGGCCUCAGGCAAGCCGUGAUGGGCAUUGCCUGCAGACAAUCCCAGGAGAGUACAAGCCAUACCUCAGCUGUGGGCUGCACCUGAGCCUCUUGUGGCUCUUCAUUAUUGCCCACUCUCACCACCACUCAUAUUCUUCAUCAUCAUACUUGUUAUCAUGAGAAAGCUAGUACAUAUUUUCAUGUUUAUUUUUAUGUGAGAUCAACCUCUGCCCUUGUGGUAAGAGCGUCUCUAUGUACAUUUCAUUGCCGGUGACGUUGGAGAUAUAAGGAUACGUAGUUAUUCUUAAUUUUUAAAGAAUUUUAUUAGGUAAAUUAUUUUAUAAGGUGGCCAGCAUGGACUCUAGGCUGCUUCAGGAAUUGUGUUGUAGUGAAGGUGGUGGCAGCUGACACACGGCUGCCGCCACCAGACUGUGAUAGUGGUUCACUGGCGUCCUCGUUGUGGCAGGGCCGCCCGGGGGACUCUAUGAUGCUGGUGGAUGCACACUGCUCAACAUGGUGCCGGCCGCUGUGCUCACCUGUGUACAUAGCAUCAUCCACCUGAUUGUUGGUGUUAUUGUUAUCUGAACUUGUUGUAAAUGUAUUAUCUGGAGUAUGUAUUUGUGAACGUAUGCAUUUUUUUCUUUGAUCAAAUGAUCCUUUUAAAGGUGACUAAGUGUUAUACUGUGGCUCCCAUUGAAACUCUUCAUACCAAGUAUGCAAGACUCAACUAUCGCUGACAGUGAUAAGUCUCCGCUCAGGGUGACGCAGCCCCAAGCUGCCUGCCCCACCAAAUGCUCCAAAUGUACAAAUUUCAUUAAUAGUUGCUUAUUGGCUGCAGUACAUUAUACAGUAUUGGCCAAAGGUCUGAGCUCUUUCCAAUUGUAUCACUCUUCAACUUGGCUCAAGGUGUAUUUACCAGAGUAAGGCUACAGAAAUACCAGUUAUGUAUUAUAUAUGUGGCAGCUGAAUAGCACUAGGCCAACUAUGAAAACUGUAGCAGAUUACCUCAGUUUCUCUAAACCACUACAUAAUAAGGGUUUCUAAGAUGGUAGAAUUUAAUUCAAAUGUUACAGCACACCAAGUUUUUUAGGGUAAUCAGUUGUAUGAUUGUGACUAUGGUCCUCAUAGUAACCACUUUAUCAGACUGAUUAUGUUGGAAGUUGGAAGUCCCAAGCAUCAGUUAGAUAGGGUGAGUGGUCCAUGAGGACAGCAGCCAUGAUCAGAUAAUUGGUUACCAGUAUUGUUGGAUCUUAAAUAUACAUGGAAGUUACUUAACAUGAAAGAGGAAGGAAAGAUACAGGUGCUCAUCACAAAUGAUUAAGUGGUGCCCAGUGACUAUCCCGAAUAUGAAUAUUUAGAUUUAAAAGCUAUACCUGCUGUUUAUCUCAUUAUUUUCUAUCAUCUGAGACACUCCCUUUGAAUUUCUAGUCUACUUAAUAAAUAAAGAAUAAUAUACAGUAAUACUAAUAAAAUUAAUCAUUUGUCAAGCCCUCACAUAAAAAAAAAAAAAAAAAAAAAAAAGUUAAACUGAGUUGAUCUGCCAAGACCAUUCAACUGCUACAUAGAUGUCAUGUCUCUUGCUUUGCUUUUCACACAUCCUUCAGCCAAGGGUAGAGCAAAUAAAUGGAAAGUCCUCAAGCUUUUCUGUCAAUAGUAUAAUAUGAGUUCAAGCAUGUCACUCUGGGCGGCAGUUCUAUGCCAGAUCUCAGGGUUGACAGGAGUCCAUGGGGACCCUGAUCACCUCAGUGCAAACAAGCCAUACCCAAACCCCUUUAAUUGAUAGUAAAAUGUUUCAAAUGUC